AUGGGGAAUUCACAGAGUCAGUCCGGAGGGUACUUGAACUAUUGUGACUAUCUUGCAGACAUCCUGUGCUGUGUAGCAUGUGGGAUCCAGAUCACCGGGUGCACCAGAAAGGAUAUAUUAAAUGAGCGAGAAGACUGGAAGCGAUCAGCCAGAUGGCGUGGACAUCUUUUCACGACAGCUGCAGAGCUGGAACAUAUGUACUUCAAAAAGAAUCCUAAACUGUGGUCUUAUUACUACCGCGCAAUACUCGUUGACUCCGAAGGCGAUCAGUUGUCAGGAAUAUGUCCAAAGAUCUAUCAUUCUAAAAAGCACGUUAAUCGUGUACCCACUGAUCCUCAGAGAGCCCGCAUUUUCGGGCCGGUCAGGAAGGGAAGUCGAAACGUUGACUUCCGCAUGGCUAGGAUAGUUUAUGACACUGAGCCGGACAUACCGAAAGAGCGCAUCGGGUAUCCUAUCCAUGCGCACUGCUGGCUACUUCUUGACCGCGUGAUCGGACAUGAAAUCGUCAAGAAGCAUCUGCGAGAAUUCGGCCGAGCUGCGGACGCAUAUUGGUGGCGUAAUUUGGGAAAUUGGGGGACUGGAUUAUGGCAUCAUGAGGACGAAAUGUUGUGCUAUGGGACAAAGUCACAGACAGGUUGGCACAAGCCGGUCAUCUAUCAUGUUACGGGAAGCCCGUUGAGGAUUCCUGGGAUACAGAAAUUGAUUACCCAGGCAACGCGAGAAUGUGCGGAUGUGCAUCUGCGAGGGCAUUCGGCGAUCGUUGACCUGCCGUUGGAUAUUGCGAUUCUCAUCGUCGAUCUGAUCUAUGGGAGUCGCCCACGGUCCAUGGAAAGACUGAUUGAUACGCGCAAUUUGCUGGAAGCGUUUCAGUGGAAAUUGCCAGAGACAUACUGGAAAACGCGGUGCAACUAUUGGCUGGUGUUUGAGAUGGACGACCUCAUCAGGGAGAAGCGUGCUGUCAAUUGGUCGAGGUUUUGUCUUGGACUGGAGGAGCUUCUAUUGGAGAGAGGUUGGUACUGCAAUAGUGGCUUGAGAACACGUCAACGAGCUUUGACAUCGCUCGGAGGUAUCAAGGAGCACUUUUUAAGAAUGAUUGAGAAGCAAAAUUGA